AUUCGCAAUCACAAAGGAAGAAACUAUGGAAGACAGAGAGGACUUGAGGUCAAUUUUACCAUUUCUGCCCCUUCUUCUUCGUUCUUCCUCUCUCUUUUGGCCGUCCCAAGUUGUGGAAGCACUCAAAGCUCUGGGAAGAGGGCCUCUUCAUAGCCAAGUUGACUCCGGUGAGCUCUUGUUCCUCGCCAUUUCCGACCUCAGGAACUCUCUCUGUCUCUGUACUCAACCUCUAGCCCCUUCCGCCUCACAAGGUUACGCCUUCUUCUUCGACGAGCUGAUGUCUGGCGUGGAAUCUAAGAAGUGGUUUGAAGAGGUAAUUCCAGCAUUGGCAAAUUUACUUUUGCGGUUUCCCUCUCUCUUGGAAGAACACUAUCAAAGUACAGAUAUGAUUGUAGAUGGAGAAGGAGGUGCUGGUUUACGCUUGCUUGAAUCACAGGAAGCUGGAAUAGUUUUCCUCAGACAGGAGUUAGUUGCUGCUCUCCUUUGUUGCUCUCUUUUUUGCCUAUUCCCAGACGAUAAUAGGACUUAUAAAGAUCUUCCUCCAAUCAACUUUGAUGAGUUGUUUGCGAGUCUGUAUGAUGAUUAUAGUCAAAAGCAGGAAAAUAAGAUUUGGUGCAUCAUUCACUAUUUUAAAAGAAUAAGCUCUGAUAUGCCAAAGGGCAUUGUCUCAUUUGAGCGGAAAGUACUUCCCUUUGAUGGAAAUCACCUUCAAGUUUCUUAUCCUGAUGCUAAUUUUUGGAGCACUUCUGUCAUUCCUCUAUGCAGAUUUGAGACUCAUAGUUCUGGAGUCAUAGAGGAUCAAUCAGGUGGAGCUCUUGAAGUGGACUUUGCAAAUAAGUAUCUAGGUGGUGGUGCUCUUCGUAGAGGCUGUGUACAGGAGGAAAUCCGCUUCAUGGUCAGUCCAGAAUUGAUUGUUGGCAUGCUUUUCUUGCCUUCAAUGGCAGAAAAUGAGGCUAUAGAAAUCGUUGGGGUGGAAAGGUUCUCCAGUUAUACAGGGUAUGCCUCCUCAUUUCGAUUUUCUGGUGGCUAUGUGGAUAAAAGGGACAUAGAUGAACUUGGAAGACGUAAAACCCGGAUUGUUGCAAUUGAUGCAUUAUGUGGCCCAGGGAUGAGACAAUACAGGGAAAAGUUUCUUCUCCGUGAGAUCAACAAGGCAUUCUGUGGCUUUUUGAGUCAAACUACACAUCAGCCGUGCCGGAAAAUAUUGCAAGAUAACAGAAGUUCUGAGCUGGUUUAUGCUUCCACCUCAACAUCUGUGGAAGUGAGCAAAGUACAAUCUGCAGAUGAAGCAUUCAGAAAUUCUCCAAAGAGCUGUCAUGGUGAGGAGCAGCACGAUAGUAUUGGGGUUGCUACUGGAAACUGGGGAUGCGGUGCCUUUGGAGGAGAUCCUGAAGUAAAGACCAUAAUUCAGUGGCUUGCUGCUUCUCAAGCUCUAAGACCAUUUAUAGCAUACUACACGUUUGGCUCGGAGGCAUUGCGGCACUUAGAUCAGGUUGCUGAUUGGAUUUUAUCACAUCAAUGGACGGUUGGGGACCUUUGGAACAUGUUAAUUGAGUACUCAACGUUGAGAUGGAAAGGAGAGACCAAUGUUGGCUUUUUCAAAUGGCUCUUACCAUCUAUACAUAAGCAUGAUGCUGGCAUGGACUGACUAAAUUCACUUGACCCUUAGUUGAUAGCUUUUCUUUUUGCCAGUGUCUGUUCUCUGUUUCUCUAUAGACAACAAGGUAUAUAGGUUUGAAAAUAUAUCAUAAAGUGUGAUGUGAACGCUUACAAAUAGUAUCAUUCUUGUACCAUGCACAGUGUUUUAUAGAGUAAAACUAGCCUCAAUUGGAUUUGGAUCCUCUACAA